GUUUUCAUCUGUAUUUGGUGUUUUUUUAUUUCCUGGCUCACGCAGAACAAACGUAAAAUAGUCUACUAAGCUACAAUGGAUCAAGCGGAAGGCAACAAGGAAAAAAAAUCGUUUCACAAAAAUGUUUAGCAUCGUUGAUGCAAUGAUGUACUUGAUGAGGACUCUACUAUACUCUACUGUACUCUAUUGUUAUCUGCUUACUCAGUUUAAGUCUUCUCUGUUCUCUUCUUUCCUCUCCUCCUUUCUCCACUCCUCUCUUUUCACUUUUCAUACCUCAUGGAAAGUUUAAGAAAGGUUGAGAUUUAUCUUUGUUAUUGCAAAAAAACUACAUUAUUGUGUGUGAGAAACAUUUCAAGGUGGUAUAAAAUGAUAUGUACUUUUCAAAGUCAAGACAGAAAAGGAAGAAAGGUUAUUUGUUAAAAUAUCAGAAAACAUACAGUUUGUAAGCCUGUCCAAAACGUGUUGAAUUAACAAUAGUCCAUUCCUCGCAGCAUCGUAGGCCUUUGUUUGAUCUGAAUGAAAAAUACGUUUGUGGUCUGACCUCGAAUGGGAGCGAUGUGGCAUGUUUACCAUCUGUAAGAUUGCAGUGAGCCAAUGCAACUACAGUGUUUCUCUUUGUCGAAAGAGGGCGUUGCAGCAUGCAGGAUGUGACAGGUCAAGCCCAGCGCUCGGGCCGUGCUGUCAGAUCUCCAUUUUGUAUGUUUUUCCUAGAGGUUAGCGCCUACUUUUCUCUUGGCUAUGAACCGUGUCAUAGCAUGCAGGCUACUUAAGUAGUUAGCGAAUUCUUUGCAUUUCGUAUGCAUUUUGCUGUCGAUUUCCUCGACGUGGAUUAAAUGAUUUUACUUCGAUAAUAGCUGUCCAAUCUAAUCUUAUAUCGAGGAUCUGCAAAUAAACACGCAGUUUGGUGCUACUUAUACCUAGCAUUAAGUAGUCCAUAACCAAAACAAUGUCAGACGAUGCAUGGACUCGCAUCAACUACCAAUCGUUUGACGGGACCAAAAGAUGGAUGAAGGAGGAGUAAAGAGGAGAAAGAGUACCAGAGAUGCCCAUCUGAGCACGCUGGUGUACAGAGAGAGCCCUGCUGAGGGAGCCCCACUGAGAGUCACUCCUCGCAGUGCCAUGUCCGUAGCCUCCGCCACGUCUGUUGGGCUUCCGUCCAGCCUUCUCAUGCAGCCCGGAGACGUGCUCAACGGCCUCAGCACCAGCCCCCUCCCAGAGGAGCUCACCACAGGCUCUGUCACAGCCUCCGUCGGCCUCUACGUGGAAGACCUGGAGCUCAAGGGGCAGCGGCCCCAGCAGCAGCUGCAGUUUCCCCCACAUCAGGCUCAGAGCCACGCCUCAAGCUCCCUGGGUCUCUGUGCUGCGGGGGAGAACUUCUCCCGGCUGGAGGCUAGCAUUGCUGACCUCACCAGUGCCUCCCCUUCCAUGGAGUCUCUGAUAGGGGGAUCCGACCCCAGCCUGUUCUUGAAGACUGAGGACUUCUCCAUGGAUAAAGGAGACCCCAUGGACCUAGAUCAUGACGCCUUUGGGCACAGGGACGUUGACGUGAGCCAGAAGCUGUUCAACGACAACACCCUGGACCUGCUCCAGGACUUUGAGCUAACCGGCUCGCCCUCAGACUUCUAUGUAGGGGACGAUGCGUUCCUCUCCACCUUGGGGGAUGACGACUCCCUGAUGGGGGAGCUGAGCUCUGAGAGGGACAGUAAGCCCUCCCUGGCUGAGCCUGGAGGAGGGGGCGGCUCCUCUGGCCUGAACGGCAGCAGCCUCACACCUUCUCAGGAUGAGUCCAACUCAAGCACGUCCACCUCCACCACGCCCACGCUCAGCGCUGCCCUGGUGGUGAAGAAGGAGAAGGACGCUGGUUUUCUGCAGCUGUGCACCCCAGGGGUGAUCAAGCAGGAGAAGACAUCUGCUGGGCGCAGCUACUGCCAGAUGAGCAGUGGCUCCACCUCGUCGUCCUCCUCCGGCCUCCCCAGCCCCAUCUCCAUCUGUGGGGUAAGCACCUCCAGCGGGCAGAGCUACCACUUUGGGGUGAGCUCCUCCAGCCCGGCCUCCAGCUCCAGCAGUGGAGGCGCUCACAAGGACCAGAAGCCCGGGUUCAGCCUCUACCCUGCAUUGACGACCAUCGGGGAAGCCUGGAGCAACCGGACGCCAGGCUACGUGGACGCCUCAGGAAUGCAGAGGGGAGAUGGCUUCUCCAGCUCCCCCGCCUCCUUCUCGGCUGGCUUCUCCAGUUCCACCUCCAGGCAGGAGGGGGGCGUUGUGUCUCAGAGCAAGGCCAGUGGCACCAAGGUCUGCCUGGUGUGCUCAGACGAGGCGUCGGGCUGCCACUAUGGGGUGCUCACCUGCGGCAGUUGCAAGGUCUUCUUCAAGAGAGCUGUGGAAGGUAUGGUCGCAAGAGGACAACAUAAUUACCUGUGUGCUGGGAGGAACGACUGCAUCAUCGACAAGAUCAGACGGAAAAACUGUCCAGCCUGCCGAUUCCGGAAGUGUCUAGUGGCAGGAAUGAACCUGGAGGCUCGUAAGACCAAGAAGCUGAACCGUCUGAAGGGGAUCCAGCCUAGCGCCCCUGCGGAGCUCAGCCCGCCCCCCCUGCCCGAGGCCCGUUCCCUGGUGCCCCGGUCCAUGCCCCAGCUCAUCCCCACCAUGCUGUCCCUUCUCAAGGCCAUUGAGCCAGACACCAUCUAUGCCGGCUACGACAGCACGGUGCCCGACACCUCCACGCGACUCAUGACCACCCUGAACCGGCUGGGAGGCCGGCAGGUCAUUUCUGCUGUCAAGUGGGCCAAGGCCCUGCCAGGGUUCCGGAACCUUCACCUAGACGACCAGAUGACGCUGCUGCAGUGUUCCUGGCUGUUCCUCAUGUCCUUUGGGCUUGGCUGGAGGUCUUACCAACAGUGCAACGGAGACAUGCUCUGCUUCGCUCCUGACCUCGUCAUCAAUGAGGAGCGUAUGAAGCUGCCUUACAUGGCAGACCAGUGUGAGCAGAUGCUGAAGAUCUCCAGCGAGUUUGUCAGGCUGCAGGUUUCUCAUGAUGAGUACCUGUGUAUGAAGGUUCUCCUGCUGCUCAGCACAGUGCCAAAGGACGGCCUGAAGAGCCAGGCGGUGUUUGAGGAGAUCCGGAUGUCCUACAUAAAGGAGCUGGGCAAGGCCAUCGUGAAGCGUGAGGAGAACUCCAGCCAGAACUGGCAACGCUUCUACCAGCUCACCAAACUACUGGACUCCAUGCAUGAGAUGGUGGGCGGUCUUCUGAAUUUCUGCUUCUACACGUUCGUUAACAAGACCCUCAGUGUGGAGUUCCCUGAGAUGCUGGCGGAGAUCAUCAGUAAUCAGUUACCAAAGUUCAAGGCUGCAGUGUGAAGCCUCUGCUCUUUCACCAGAAAUGACUGUGACCCCCCCAGCGCCCCAACACAAUGCCUUAAAGUCCCCCAGCACCCCACCAGGAGCACUCCACUGGGGGCAGGAGCACACUCAGAGGAGAGAGAGAGAGACCGACAGAGACCGACAGAGACCGACAGAGACCGACAGAGACCGACAGAGACCGACAGAGACCGACAGAGCGAGAGAGGAGAAAGUGUGGGGAGAACUAUGCAAUGAGAUGGGAGGGUCAGGGGUUGAUCACAGGAAGCAGAGAUUUGUAGAGUGAGAGAAAGCGUGAGAGAGCACAGUGUGUUUAUGUUCUAAAUGGUCUCAGUACAGUAUGAAACAUUUUGGAAGGAUCUAAUUUACAUAAUCCACAUAAUCAACCAUGAAAUAAUCUAACCAUCUAUGUUAUCUCAGGAUUCUGACAUAACGAUAUCUAUAAGUAGAUCAAAUAAGUAUCUGUGUACAGGUAAUUAUUAUAUUUUUUACAUUACUCGAUUUACAGUAUGUCAUAGUUUAAACAGUUUCACAGAUCAAAGUUAGAUGAGCAAAGGUAAUUUCUAUAUAACUUGCUGUCAAUACUUUCCACAACUCGUAGACCCUUGUCUUCUGGGAGGGUUCUGACACCAGACAGCAGCUGUGUGUAAACAUUCAAAUGCUUUUCUCUUUUUUUCAUGUGGGUUUUUAGAGAUUACUUUUUGUAGAAAACGUUCACCCCAGUCAGAUACAACUUCUCACAUGCUAAUUGCAAACAGGUUUACACGUCUUUUAUAAAAGGGAAAAAUGUGCCUUUUUCAGCUCAGUCGGAUUUUAUCCAUCCUAACCCAUCCACCCUCCUAAACUCUUUAAGGCUGGUUUCACUUUGUUCCAUCUAAACCCACCAUGUCCAUCAUUGUAUGUGAUUGUAUUUUGAUAUGACAUGCAGUUCCACAUUUCCUUCUUGUAAACAGUCAUGUUGAAGUUGGCAGCUUGGUGUUACUGUGUGAACUCUUAACAAGUGAUUCUUAUGAAUGGGUAGAUAUAGUUCUCCACACUAUACCAAGCCACUCUGCUCUCUGAAACCCUUUUCAUACUAAAUAUGCUGUUAAGCCGCCACCGCCCCUCACUAUGAAAAGCUUUAAAAGAGAAUGAUACCAUAUACCAGUGUUUCCCAACCAUUUUUCAGUCAUGGCACCCUUAGAAAAGUUUCAAAAUGCUGUGGCACCCCCCCCCCCCCCCCCCC